GCUCCUAAGUGCGACCUAAGCUCAAACAACCGAGACCACCUUGAAGAAUGAGGAGGGGCGUUGACGUGUUAGAGGAGAGGAUGUAUAUAAGGUUUUACACGCGCUAGUAUGAAAGCAGAUCAUUUCUUAGUGUCUUGAACACUGUGUUUUCUGAAAAAAAAAAUGCAAAUAGUGCCGUCAGCAAUAUGAAGCUGUUCUUUGUUAUAUCAACUUUAACCGGUCUAGUUGCAUUGUGUCAUAGUGCAAGCGAAUUACCGGAAUCAAAAUUGCUCCCAAAAUUAACGCCGAUAAACGACGCACAAGGUGUAUAUGCAAAUAAUGCAGAUAACGCGGGAGAUUUGACUCAAUCUGCGAGCGAUCGAACAUUUCAUAUAACAAAAGAUUAUGGAGGGUAUCCUGGAGGGUAUCCUGGAGGGUAUCCUGGAGGAUAUCCUGGGGGAUAUCCUGGAUAUUCAUACGGCGCUAAUCCAGGAAUCAUUGGAUCCAUUUAUCCUGGUACCUCGUAUCGUGGUAGUAGCUUGAUUCCAGGACACAGAGGCUAUCCAAUAACUGGACCAGGAGGACUUCUUGGUGGCGGUAAUGUUGGCUAUGGGUAUUACGGUAACGCGGGAAAUUAUCCCGGAUCUGCAUAUGGUGGAUAUGGUGGAUAUGGUGGAUAUGGUGGCUAUGGUGGAUAUGGUGGCUAUGGUGGAUAUGGAGGUUACGGGGAUUACGGAAGAGGAUCUGCUCUGGGAGGAUACGGAGGUUACGGAAGUUAUGGGGGGGUCGGAGGUUACGAUGAUAAUUAUUUGGGAUACGGACGUGGUAAUUACAAUCGUUAUGAUGGCGUAGGUGGAUACGAUACUUAUGGUACAAAUUAUGGCUCGACAUACGGAACCAGAAAUGCGUAUAAUCCAUAUCGCGGAAGCAGUUAUGGUUCCACUUCGCUUAGUAAUCCGACUGGUUAUCGUGGUUAUUCUUAAGCACAUGAUUUUACAUUUCCACAUAGCGCAAAAAUAUUACAGUCAAAUAUCUUUACAAAUUAAUGUUAUUAACAUGUCUCGUUAUCAGAAUGAACGAAUUAAUUAUGUCAUUAAUAUUUCUUAAAUAUGCAAAAAUUAAUAUGUCUCACAUGUAUAAUGUAAAAAUAAAACAA